CGCGCCUCGGGUGCUGAAAACCCUGCGCGCGGACGGCGGGCUCCGGGUGCGCGCUCGCUGUUGCCCGACUCGCCGCUCCCUACGCCCUGCGUCGCCAGGCCUCACCAGGCCUCGCCAUGGCCCCCGAGACGGUGCCUGCCCCACCCGCGGCCCAGCUUCGCGAGCCGCGCUACUUCACUUGGGAAGAGGUGGAGCAGCGCUCCGGACGCGAGGAGAAGUGGCUUGUGAUCGACCGGAAGGUGUACAACAUCAGCGACUUCAGCCGCCGCCACCCGGGGGGUUCCCGGGUCAUCAGCCACUACGCCGGGCAGGAUGCGACGGAUCCAUUUAUGGCAUUCCACAUCAACAAGGGCCUUGUGAAGAAGUAUAUGAACUCUCUCCUGAUUGGAGAGUUGGCUCCGGAGCAGCCCAGCUUUGAACCCACCAAGAAUAAAGAGCUGACUGAUGAAUUCCGGGAGCUGAGGACCACAGUGGAGCGGAUGGGGCUCAUGAAGGCCAACCGCCUCUUCUUCCUGCUCUACCUACUACACAUCCUGCUUCUGGAUGUCGCCGCCUGGCUCACACUUUGGGUCUUUGGGACAUCAUUGGCGCCCUUUGUCCUCUGUGCAGUGCUGCUCAGUACAGUUCAGGCCCAGGCAGGUUGGCUACAGCAUGACUUUGGACACCUGUCAGUCUUCAGCACCUCUACAUGGAACCACCUGCUACAUCAUUUCGUGAUUGGCCAUCUGAAGGGAGCCCCUGCCAGUUGGUGGAACCACUUGCACUUCCAGCACCAUGCCAAGCCCAACUGUUUCCGCAAAGACCCAGACAUCAAUAUGCAUCCCCUCUUCUUCGCCUUGGGGAAGGUCCUUUCUGUGGAGCUUGGGAAACAAAAGAAAAAGUACAUGCCAUAUAACCACCAGCACAAGUACUUCUUCCUGAUUGGACCCCCAGCCUUGCUGCCUCUCUACUUCCAGUGGUAUAUUUUCUAUUUUGUUGUCCAGCGGAAGAAAUGGGUGGACUUGGCCUGGAUGGUCACCUUCUACGCCCGCGUCUUUUUCACUUAUAUGCCGCUGCUGGGGCUCAAAGGCUUCCUGGGCCUUUUCUUCAUUGUCAGGUUUCUGGAGAGCAACUGGUUUGUGUGGGUGACACAGAUGAACCACAUCCCCAUGCACAUCGACCAUGACCGGAAUGUGGACUGGGUCUCCACCCAGCUUCAGGCAACAUGUAAUGUCCACCAGUCGACCUUCAAUGACUGGUUCAGUGGGCACCUCAACUUCCAGAUCGAGCAUCACCUGUUCCCCACGAUGCCCCGGCACAACUACCACAAAGUGGCGCCCCUGGUGCGGUCCCUGUGCACCAAGUACGGCAUAAAGUACCAGUCCAAGCCCCUGUUCUCAGCCUUUGCCGACAUUGUCCAUUCACUAAAGGAGUCGGGACAGCUCUGGUUGGACGCCUAUCUUCACCAGUAGCAGCAGCGGUUUCUCUCUGCAUCUGGAAGAGGAAGAGGAUGAUGGGAGCCAAAGCAGAGGGAGUUUGAGGGACAAUACCACUAAGAACCUGAUGUUCAGAGGGGGGUGGGUUAGGGGACAUGAAGGUUGGCGGUCAAACCUGCCUUCUUUGCCCUGCAGGCAUGAAGCCCGGGGGGAGGGCACUCAAGUUCCAGAGGAGGGAACUCUUGGGGCAGGGAUGUGAGUGUGUUCUGUUGUGUUCUUUGGCAGAGGCAACUGGUAGCACUAUUGAGCCAACACUAGAACUCUCCUCUUGUAAAGUAGGAGCACAUUUCACUGGGCUAUGUCUCGGUGACUCUCCACGCUCCUUGUUAACCUCAGUGGGCCAGAACAGUUUGAACCUUUUGAACAAGACAUGAGAAAGGAAGUAUUCAUGCAUAAAAUUCCAAGGCCUGGCACAGCUCCCUGCCUGGGAGCUCAGCUCACUGCCCAGGACUGGGUGUGACCGCGACUGCCUCUGCUGCUGGGAGAAGCCAUUUUCCAGUUUCAGAAGCAGGAGGGGCAGAGGCCAGGACUAUGGUUUUGGAGGCAUCUGGCACCACUAAUUCUGGUGUGUUGUUCUGUCCAGGUCCCAAGAGAACGUUAGCGCCUAGUUCUUGAUAAGAUGGAUGGCAAAGUUGCUGGCCAUUAAAAAUAUUUAAUUCACCUCUUUUAAUCACCCCUCAUGGAAUGUACAAGGAAGGAAACACGGUGACUCAGUCAUUCAUCCUCCCCAGAAACAAAUGGGGCUCCCAAUGCUUUCCUUUUUUCUUUCCAACCUAUAAUUCUGUUUAACAAAAUAGCAGUCAGCACACGACUAGUUUCAGCGAUAAAGAGUGUGAGGGCUUGAAGAAGUGGUGUUCCAGCACCAUUUAGUGUAGGUCCGAGUCAGAAAUAGGAAGGUCUGUGAACACUGCUGCUUGUUCAAGUAUCUCAGCCUGCUGGAGGCAGUUUAGGCUUUCUUAGAAAGCCUAUCAAUCUAACAAUGGAGUACUUUUAUCUUGUUUGUAAAUGGAAGAACAACUCAUCCUUCCAGAGAACACGCAUAGGAACAUGCCUUGCUGCUCCCAAACCCACAGCCUCACAGUCCAGGCACCAUUUCAUUUCACAGUGAAGGCAUUGUUUCAUUGCCUAUUCAACAGAAUGUACUCUAAGCAUCUGGACACUGGAAUUGGAGCACCUCGGGCUAGAAGGCAAACUGUAGCCCGUGUUGUUUGGGGCGGGAGACAGGUCAAGAUGAGAGUAUAAGGUAUAUAGGGGUAUGGUCAGAGAUGGGCAGGGCUACUUGUUUUCCAGGACAGCCCAGUGGGACAGGUUGCAGAAGAGCUCUCAUCUACUUUUCUUGGCUCCUCCCCUCUAGAAUAGGUGCUGAUCCCUCCCCCUGCCCAUUCCCUGCCACCUGAGGUAAGAGUGGGAUACUGCCAGCCUGCCAAGCUCACUGACUUUAAGCACAGGCUGCCAGUCUGAGCAAACACCAGUGAGCUCCACUGUGCCAAGAUCAGGUCUCCAGAGCACCUAAACCGCCGUGGCCUUCCUUCCUCAGCCUUGUGUGACUUCGGCAUAGCCACAAGGACAGUGAGUAACAAGACUCAGAGUGUCACAGUGGUAAAGCCAGGAAUCUCAAAUCCACUGACAUAAUAGGAUUAGAGGAAGUUUCUGCUUGUGUAGAUACUGGCAGAACACUUGAAUUUAACCUUGUUAAAAUUCCAGCCUCCAUGUUGUUUCACCUUUCUACUACCUGGCCAAAGGCAUUUCCUCUCAUUGAGCCUAAUGUCAGUAUCUCUGUGUGUGCGUGUGUCCUUACCACAUCUUCAUGAAGUUAAAAAAUAAAUUUGGAUCAAAAGAA